GGGCGUGUGAUAUAUGACUGCUGUGUCACGAUCCACAUGUGACGAGCGUCCUCACAGGCAGAGCAUCCAGCCUGCUCCCUCUCUCUCUCUCUCUCUCUCUCUGCUGUAAGAGGAAAAGAGUCACUGAACAGAGGGAGGGAGACACAGAGGGAGGAGAAAGAGAGCUCAGACAGUCAGAGGAGAGAAAGAGAGAGGAGGAGAGGAGAGGUGGAAGCAGGAGGAGAGAAGACCUCUGUGGGAAACAAGAGUUGAACAACAAACCCAGGGUUGCGUGCAGGAUCUCAGACUCUCUGUGGAUACGUCUGCUGUCGGUCUGCUGCUGAAGGUAAGAGCACGAGCCUGCACACCUACAUCUACACAAAGACUCCUCUCUGUCUUUUUCAUCCUCUGGCUCCUUUUACACACACACACACACACACACACACACACACACAAAAAGAUGCAUAACCGGUAGAUUUGAUAUGGUUUUGCAUGUUUUUGUAGCAUUUUAAGCUGAAUCAGAAUUAAAAUUUAUUGCAAGGAAGGUUUACACAUACCUUAAAUUUGUCCCUGAGUAGAUAUUGGACUUAAUCUUAACGUAGCAGAAAUCGAACCCAAGUUUUGCAGAGCCGUUGAUGUGAAGAUGCACAAACAGAGACAGGAAGCGCUCAUGAUUGUUGCCUCAGCUGGACGCCACAAAAGGAGGGCUGAAAAUUAAACCUCAUCAAGCGCUGGCCACUUAAAGUUCUUUGUUUAUGCCUCUGACACGCUCAGAUUUACAAUUUAAGUGUCUGAAAUUACAGAGAGGAUUCCUGAACAGACAAUUAGAGGAUGAUUUUCAUCCAAACAAGGAACGCUCUAAAUUCACUGCAGGGAUCGAUCAAGUUCUUCGUCUUCUUCUUCAAAUUCACUCGGAAAAAAAAAUGAAUUUUCAAUUAAAAUUUAAAUCAAACAUUUUUUUGUAUGAAGUACGUUUAAAAUAACUUGCAAUGGCUGAAAAGUAGGCACAAUAGCAUUAAACAAAAUUAAACAAUAAUCUGCAUGGUGUGGAAGAUAUAAAAAAUGGAAUUAAUGAAUAGAAAGAAAAAUAGGGGAAAAACGAAAAUCCUGAGAAAACAGGUGUGUCUUCAGUCUAGACUUCAAAACGUCUGUAAAGGGCGGAUAUUCGAUUGUAUAAACACAGACUAUUGCAGAACAAUUUUACCUUGAGGAAGACGCUCGUUGCUCGCAUACCCCGGUGUAAAUCUGUGAGCGCUUUUGCGCAACACUGACUCGAUUUCGCAGGAAAGAGUUGCAUGUCUGCUCAGUUUGUUUGUUUUUGGCUGAUUAUGUUUGAUCAGCUUUCAACGCAGACAUGUGCUGAAAACAAGGACGAAAAGCUUGACGAAGACGUUUAAGCAUUAAAAUAUCAUCUAAUGAUAAGCAGAUAUGAACUGAGAGCGUUGAAUACUGUUGUAUGCACAUUUAAUUUUUACGUUGAAUCGAGAAUGAAGAUUAUAAAAACAGCAGAAGCAAAAAUAAACGGCAAAACCAAUAAUGUGAAAAAGUAAUUAAAUGGAAUAAUAAAAUAUAAAAUAAUGUUAAAUUUAAUCUCAAAACUGUAUUUCUUUUGACUUUACUGCAGGCAUAUAUUUCCUUAUCAGUGUAAAAAAGUGAAAAGAACCUCAAAGUAUAAAUUACAUACAAUUAAAUUGUUGUAAAAGAUAUAUUUGUGUAGAAAAGUUUUUUAAUUGGAGUUCGCAUGAAUCUGCAGAAUAAAAUAGAGACAGUACGGAGUGCAAACCCACAAUAAAUCAGUGUGAUUUAAUCUAAAGACAAAAGCUCAGAUAAAGGGGGGAAUUAAAGUUAAAGUAAGAGGCGACUUUUCCUCUUUCGCUCUCCUUCUCCUCUUCUUCUGCACAUCUCAAAUCUCAGGUGCGCAUUCCUCUUUUAUUGCAGGUAUUUUGCGCGUCCAGAAACAGCAAGUGGUCAUGAUUAGGAAGCGGUGUGACAUGAUGUGUAAUAGGAGGAAACAUGUUUGUGUUGGCGCCGGUGGAUUUGCUAAUCAGGCACUGACAGCGAGAUGGGAGGACGGAGGAACUCACACAGCUUAUAGACGGAGAGAGAGGGAGAGUUUGUGUGUGUGUGCGUGUGUGUGUAUGUGCGUGCAUGUGUGUGAGCCGGAGCAUGAGGUUAAUCGCAGGGUGAAUAACCUCACAGAUUGUAUGGAUAUGUGUUUUACAGGUGCGUGCGUUUCUGUCUGUGAGUGUUUGAUUGACUUGGCCCGCUCUGUUGGACCCUGAGGCUGCUGGCUUAUGCUAGAAGGAGAUGAUGACAGAUCUAACAGACUCUGUGGUAGGUAGGAAGAGGAGGAGGAGGAGGAGGAGGAGGAGGAGACCAGCUACCACUUCUAUAGAGCUGAGAAGGAGAGGCGAGCGUGUGAGAACGAGACACAGAGAAGGUGUUUAAAUGAAAAAUGAAGUGAGGGAGGAUAAUAAGACGGGGGAAGAAGAGGAGAAGAAGAAGUCAGAGUAGGAGGAAGAACAUCUGAGAAAGAAAGAGGCAAGAACAGAGGGUGCCAGAGAAGACAAGGAGGAGAGAGGAAACAGAAUGAAACUGAGAUGUGUGAGAGGCAGAGGUGGGAAGUGGACAAAUGCUGUGUUAGGAUACUUAAAGAGAGUUUUCAGGUUCGAUCAAACCUCAGCAUCUUCAUUUCUAAGGAUAUUAUAAUGUUUACCCCACAGUUUAAACAUGAACAUCCACACAGUUUAGAGUAAAGACGGGGUACGGUUUAUGGAUCCUUCAAAGACUAAAUUCACUCAUUCAAAGAAUUUAGUGACUGAGCCAGGAGGUUAGAAAUGACAUAAAGCAAAAUCAGACUUAAACCUGAACACACAACUUACACACCUUUAUCUCGUAGAGAAAUCAGACUCCAUAACAAUGUGCAGACAUUUUAAAAACACACGUCUUCUUUCUAUCGAAGCCCAUCUCCACCAGCAUAAAUGAAAAACAAUGGUGGCUUGGCCCUUUAGAAAGAAAAUAAACACUGAAUAAGAAGGUCAUAAUUUUAAAAAGUAGUAUUCAUAGUUAUGAGAUUUAAAAAAAUUAAAGAUAAUAAGAAAAUUAAAGAUAUGAGAUUAAAAGAGUCAUAAAUAUAAGAAAAAGUCAUUAUAUGAUAAAGAAGUCAUUACUAUAAGGUAAAAAGUCAAAAUUGGUGUAGUAAGUCAUGAUAAAAAAAAAGUCAUGCUAAUAUUAAAGCCCAAAAAAUUAAAAAUCAAAAUUAUGAGAUUAAAAAGUCAUAAUUAUAAGAUAGGAAGUUAAUAUCAUGUGAUAAAAAGUUAAAAUGAAAAGAAAGUCAAUCAUUUUUAUUUGAUAAAAAGUCAUAAUUUCUGGGUAAUAAAGUCUUGAGAUUGGAAGUCAGAAUUUUGAAAUAGAAGCUGUGAUUACAAAACAGCAAGUCAAAUUAUGAGAUUAGAUAAUUGUCAUAGAAGAAGUUAAAAUUAUGACAUCCCAAGUUACGAGAUAAAAAGUCAAACUCUCAAAAAGACAGUCUGCUCUUUUUUUAAUAUUAUUCUGAUGUAUCUCCUUAUUUUGUGAUUUAAUUCCACAGUUGUUACCUUUUCUCACAGCUUUGAUUCAUAUCUUUUUUCCUGAAGGUCAGUCCAUUUUGUUUUUGUCAGGUAUGGGCUUCCAUACAUGCAUGUCAGACCAUUUCUAUCAAGUUUCAGGAUCCUUGACCCUGCAGUUUUUCUGAGUUGUUAUUCACUCGUGUCCUUCGCAGUGUGACGUUUCCAUGUCAGACUCGUGUCAGGAGGCAGGACGUGACAUAGAAAGGACACUGUGGUUUUCUCUCUGUUACAUUCACAGCAUGUCACGAGUGCCAAAGAGGUAGAGUGUGACUCUUUUACGACAGCUUUUGUUUCGAUAUCAGCGCUAUACCUGGGUUUGGACGUAUUCAUGGCAUCAAUUUAUGAUCGGGGUUCUCAGGGAUCCUAGAAAACCUGAAAAACAGUCGAUCAGUUUUCCAGUCAUGGGAAAAUGAGAGGAAAAGUAAAAUGAUGUGGAAAACCUUUGUGCUUUCCUGGAAAAUUAUUCAAACAUUCUCCUAAUUUCAUAUCAGAGUUCACAUAAACAGAUGACAUCUUCAGGUGACUGAACUGUUGUUGGCUUUUGACAGGACACAGGGAUGCUCUUUGGUUAUCUGAUUUGUGGCCUUUCUUUGCGGUCGUGGAGACUGAAUAACUCGGUUGCCUUUAUGAUUGUUUUUUUAGUGGCGUAGACUGUUUCGUUUUGAUAUCUUGGCAUACGUUUUCAUUGUGCUCCUCCUGAGCUUCGCAGUCUUGUCCAAAUGUGGUCACCUCUGGCUGCAAAAAUGAUCAAUGCAGCAAAAAAAAGAAAGACAUGCAGCCUCACAUGGGGUGCAUGCUUUACCGGCAAAGGCCUGGCAUACACACCAUUCUUAAAAAGUGAACUUUUAUGACGCACAACCUCAGCUCAUGAGUCAUGCGCUCGCACUGUACAGUCCGACUUGACCUGAGUGCUUACGCAGCAUGAGUCAAAUUGCAAAGAAGCAUUUUUCUGUGAUUCUUUGGAAAAUUCCCACACAAAAGCUGAAGUCAAAGAAUAUGACUUUAGCAACAAUUAGAAGGUUGAAUCAUCACAUUUACAAACUCUCUUAGACUCAUACAAAGCUCUCCAUCGCACAUGUGGAGUCCAUGUGUAUUUGCAGCCCACGGAAACAGACACACGGUCAAACUCAACCACUGCAGCAGGAUCAUUUUAUAAAUAGAUGUUUACGGCCUACGUUUGUUUGAUGUUAAACACAGUCUAAUCACGUGCAGCCCUGUCAGUGAGUUUUGAAUAAAUAAUGAAGUUAUGUUGAUAUGCCAGGUGUUUAAACACAGUAUCCCUUAUAGAAUUCAAAGUCACUGAUCAUUUAUUCACUGAAUUGCAGCAUUGCUUCUGUAGAUAGAGCAACAAUCCAAGCACUGACAUUAGGGCUGGGCGAUAAAACGAAAAUUUACAGGUAUCUAAAUUUACGACCAUAAUCGACAUCAUUUUGCCCAUGUCAAUAUAUUCAGUGUCAAAAAAAUUAAUGAAUCAAAGUUGGUUUUGGAUGUGUGUAGGUAGGCUUUGGUCUCAUGUCCCUUUAAGACACUGUCCUACGUCUGGACAUGACUCCACCUCAUCCAGUCUGUAACAAAGAGGGAAAGACAGGUGAGGAGAUGGAGGACGGUUCAAAAGUUGUAGCGGCUGAAGUAGACCAAGUUAAUGUGGGAGGGGGUGAGCAGCUUGUGGAGUAGUUAUCGUCCAUUUAUCGUUAUCGAGGUGAACUGCUCAAUAUAUUGUGAUAUAAAUUUGAGGCCAUAUCGCCCAGCCCUAACUGACAUACUGUGAGUCUCUGUGAUUGAACAUCCUGUUUGCAGGUUUAUAGGUGGCGCAUCACUAAAGAAAUGUGAACAGCUGAGGAUCUGCCUCGGCUUUAAGAUAGUAAAAGUAAUUCCUGUAUUAUUGCCACAGUCAGCCUCCGUCCCUUCACAGCUAUAUCCAGUAUUGUACAGUUCAGUUCAGUUCAGUUCAGAGCUCCUCAAGGGAGAUUCGAUCUCCAGUUGGUGGCACAAAACACACAAUAUACAGGGCUCGACAGCGCGACCGUUUCACUUGCAUUUACAACUGAAAAUAGAUGUGUGAGAAUCGUAAAAUGUAUUUAGGGAAACGUGAAUAAAUCAGCCGAGGCAGCAAGUGUUUUUCAUGUAAAUUUCGUGGUGAAGUUAGUUUUAGGUUGGAUAUCCGAUGGACACUCACUGCAGAUCUGCCGGUUUCUUCUCACUCUCCAUAAUCAGGAAUGGCAACAGCAGUGCGGUUAAAUCUACUCUCUCUCGUUGUCAACAUCGGGUGUUGAUUAAGGGACCAUCAAUAAAUUACCAGUUGAUUUUCUCAAAAAAGGCUGUUUUCCUUCAAUAGCUUCCAUUACAUGUGACCAAUUGACCUAAAAUUGAUUUCAAAUAAUAGUACUUAUGUCGACCAAUAAGACACACAUUAUUUAAUCAUUUUUCAUUGUGCCCCCAAUGUCUUUGUGUGCUCCUUACUUUUUCAAAUUAGGAGCACAUGUACCCCUCGUGAAAAAAAGUUAGUGUCAAGCCCUGACAUAUAUUAAUAUGGGUCAUCACAGUUAUAAACAACCAACAAAUGAUUAGAAGCGAUCUUGAUCAUGCUAUAAGUUCCUCCAAGAGUGUGCAGCCAGAGCGUGACACAACCGAUCGUACCUCCUGCAUAACUUGUCGGUCAAAGAUCUUCGUGAGCCAAAGAGAAAUGCUAAAUGCUGAUCAUCUUACAAGCUUCUGGACCAACUCUUGACAGAUAGUUUUUGAUCUAUACUUUAAGGUUCCCGUAAAGUGAAAUGAAACCGGAGUUUGAAUGGACUGGAUAAAAGAUCUGCGAAACGAAACCAUCAAAGUCUCGUCGACAUGAAGAGAAUUUAGUCUGUGCAGGAAAUAGAGUCUCUGCAGGCCGUGUUUGUAGAGUUUUUUUUAUCAAUCACUGUCCCCAACUAUCUCCACAUAUGUACCUCUGACUGUGCUUGAGGGAGUUGAUUGUUACUGUUUUAUGCUUUAAAUACGACUAUCUGUACUUCUACUUAAGGAGAGAACGACUGAGCGUCUGCUGAUCAGAAGGUGAGAGUGACAGAGGGUCAGACAGACGCUGAAAAGUGAGAGGAAGAUAUUGAGACGUCUCUCUCUCUCUCUUUCUCUCCACGUCUGGUGACACCAGAUGAGAAAGAGUUUGUUCUGCGUUAUUGUCCCUGCAAGAAGUAAAAAUCACAGUCAAACAUUUCGAAGAACGAGGACGAGGAGUGGGAGGUGUGUUUGAAAGAUCGCACAUUCAGCCAGGUGCGGAGAGACAGCAAUGCUCUGGCAGAGCGGCGUACGCUGGGUAUAGUGUUUCAUAUUCACACACACACACUUACACACACUCACACACACACACAGGGGCCCAUUGUGAGUGUAUUUAUUUGGACAGAGCUGCAGCUCAGAUAGGCAGUUCACAGUGUCUCACCGCCGCAGGAAUGUGCUUCUGACAAAUGGAUGCUCUGCACGAAACCACAGGAGAUCCUGAACGCCACGCCACCAGCAUGUGACAGAUCUGUGCUGCCCCGAGAAACCCGGUCCAGAGUGCUAAAACAAACACGACCACAACUCGCCUGCGGCCUGUGGCUGAAUGCAGGAUUGAUUUGGUUUCAUCUCUGAACGCUCUUUCAUGAGCGUGGAGACGAGGCAGAGUCAGGAUUCAGGGCGCCUGUUUCUAGACCCAUCAGGUUAUUGGCCCUGGACACUCAAAGUAGACCACAUACCACCCCUUACUCCACGAGAAACAUAAGAAAUAGAGUAUUUUUACAUUUACGCCCUCUGUGUCUUCUUCCCUUUCUGUCUCCAUUGUUUCUGUAAAGCUAACGCCAGCUUAGCCACGGCUCACACGUCAGCCCCUGAUUGGACGAACGCCGCUCUCAAAUCCACACUGUUUGUCUUAUCUUUACUCGGGGGGGAUAUAUUUAGUGAGGGGCUUAGCUUUUAGGAGGUCGGCGCGUGGGGAGGGUAACUGUGUGUGUGUGAGGAAGUGUGUGUGUGUGUUUCAGGAGCUGGCGUCAGUAGACAGUGGAAGAGCUUGGCACUCUGCAUGCCAAUCUGUGAGUGAGUGUGUGUGUGUGUGUGUGUGUGUGUGUGUGUGUGUGUGUGUGUGUGUGUGUGUGUGUGUGUGUGUGUGUGUGUGAGUGUGUGUGUGUGUGUGGAGGACAGGUCUGUGGGUCCCCCCCUCCUCUCUCUCUCUCUCUCUCUCUCCCUCGCUGCAGUCAGGAAUCUGCCCUUUAGUUUAUUAAAAGCUGGUGAAACAAUGGAGGGAGGUGAGGAGGGUGAGAGUGAGGAGUGUGAGGGUGAGGGUGUAGUUAUGAUGAUGCAGUCACAGAGGAGCAGGCGGAGGGUGGAGAUGCAGCGAUAUUCCUGAAAAAAAAUCCCUCUCUCUACCUGUCAGCCCUCCUCCUCUGUUCUCCGGUGCACCUGUUCUCAGCUCAUGGCGGCAGCAGCGGCGGCGGCUCUUUAACAGCCCGUUUUCACUCCGAGAAACUCGUUCCCCGAAGAACAACUGUGUACUCAGCUGCUGACCGUUGGGUCGGUGAUAAACUGAAGGUCCCUCUGAAGAUCUGACUCUCACCAUCUCAGCAAUGCUCAGAUCCUAAAGGCUGCAGCAAGCAGACGAUCCGACUGCUUUAGAUUUUAACUGAAUGAAUUAAAAAGAAAAUUAGAUAUUUUUUAAAUUUAUCACAAAUAAUAAUAAUAAUAAUAAUGCAUCAGAUUUCAUAUAGCGCUUUAUCAGAGACCCUCAAAGCGCUUUACAUUGGAUACAUCAUUCAUUCGCUCACACAGUCACACUUUGGUGGUGGUGGAAACGUGGCUGCCAUUCUGCGCCUACGGCCUCUCCGACCACCACCACACAACACUCACAAUCAUACACCAGUGGAGGACACACACUGGGAGCAAGGUGGGUUAAGUGUCUUGCCCAAGGACACAACGGACAGACUUGGAUUAGGGGGGAAUCGAACCGCCAACCUUCCGGUUAUUGGACGACCGCUCCACCUCCUGAGCUACUGCCGCCCAAAUAUAUGCAAUAAUCUGCUCAUUUCUGUUAUUUUCAGGCAUCAUAGAUCUGUCAUCAGUCAGACAUGUUAAAUAUAGCUUUUAAUUUAACAAUCAUUUUUUAAUAGUUUAAUAGUUGUUGGUCUUAAAUCCUUAAUUUUUGAUUGUCUGAUAACUUUUCUGACGUAGCGCCUUUCAAAACUAACAUUCACAAAGGCAGGAGCUCAUGGGGAUAAUAGUAGAAACAUAAAACAGACAGAGCGGUCCACAAAAGUCAAACAAUACUAAAACAAAAUUCAAUACAAUAACAGCCUAAUUUACCAGAUAAUAAGAAUGAUAUUUAUUCACACCUCCUGCUGCUCAAAAUAAAACUGGACUCGUGGACUGUGAAAUUAUUUUCUGCACACCAUAUGGCUGAAACAGUGAGACGGCUUCAUGGAGAGAUUUUAAUUCCAGUGUUUCGCUUCUACUUCUGUUACAAAAAGACUUUCUGCACCUCAUUUAUUUUAGCUCAUCCAGUUUAAAAAAAAUGAUUUCUGUUCAGGAUGAUAUUUCUUAAAUCCAGGGUUUAAAUGCUUAAUUUUGUCCGUCUCCUCUGGUAUCUUCUCCUCUGUCUUUAAUAUUGCAAAUAGUGAGAUAAACCUUGAAACAAGGAUCUUGUUGUUUAUGGGCUUUUGGCAGUUAGCAGCUUCAUUUCUCAAGAGGAAACUCUUCUCAUGCAUGUUUAGAGGGAUAGGUAUGUCCAAGAAUUUGUGGGUUACACCCUAAACUUAAUGUCUUUAUGAGAUCUCACUCCCCAGUGGUAGAAGAAACAUUCACAUCCUUAAUUCAAGGAAAAUCGUAAAUACCAUUGAUUAAGUCUGAAAUGAGGAUAUCAAAAGUAAAAGUUAUUCAAAUCUUGCACUGACAUUCAAAACUUUAAGAUCUUGGUCAGAAAGGGAGUUGUAAUAGUCUUUUAAACGCUUCUAGUUGUAAGACUCCAGCUAAGUAACACAGAGACACCUCAUGAUUGUAAUAUCCUACAGCGCAGGAGUAAAUGAACUUGUAUUACAGUAUCUCGAUCCUCCUCCGCCACCUCUGAGAGAGACAUCUUAAUACCUGCUGUCCUUCAGCUUCGAAUCAGCGUUUUGUAACCCCAGAGUCCUGAAGCUGCAGACUGAAGGAUGUUGCUAUGUGAGGAGGAUUAUUUGGUGGUUUUGUGGUUUGGCGCUGGAGUUUUCUGGACCUGGACUGGAUCUUUCUACAGACUCCGGGCCCUUCUUGAACGAUCUACCUCUCAGCGCUGCUGAAUCUAGGAAAUGUGAUUUUCUCCAUGACAUGUGAUCUGUGCUUUAUGAAGCAGUAAAUGUCGAUGAGGAGAUAGGCAUACACAAAUAUUAUGUGCAGUUCCAUGUAAUGCACAUGCUUCUAUAAUUUCCUCCACCUGUGGGCCUCCAGCUUUUACUCUCUAAUUAGCUUUUGAGUACCAGGAAUUCCUCAUUGAUCGCUUAAGAGGAGAAGUGAGUGCUUCAGAUUUCUCAGUCGUUCUGCCAAAUUAGGAGAAAAAACAGAGCAAAUUGACAUCCUCAGUUAACUGCCAAAAAGAGCUUUUUAUAGCUCCCACUGUUUGUGUUUUCUAAAUCAAGCAAGAAAUUAACGAAACGCUGCAUGAAAGAAAUCGAUCAGAGUCUGGGUCAACCUGACAUCCUGAGGCGGCAGUAAUGAUUGAUCCGAACUCCAUUUAAAAAAGAGCAUUUUUGAAGUUGUUUAUUUUUGAAGAGAAUUAAGGACCAGCAAUGAGAAAAAUAUGCAUCUGUAUGUGCAUGUUGAAGCUCUUUUAUAUCAUGCUAACAAUAACCAAGACGUGAGCGCACUGAGUAUGAGUAAGAUUAAGAUCUGCAUGAGAUGAAGUAGUAGUAAUAAUAAUAAACAUAAGCAAAAUAAAACAAGGUGGACAUACAAUCAAGAAAACGUCAAGAAAUAACAAAGAUUAUACAAGACAUGCAAACUCCAAAAAAGGUAGAAUUCUUUUGAGGGUUCAAUAAAAACAGUUAAAAACAUUUAGAACUGGAAUUUAGGUAAAAUUAGGAAAGGCUUAAGGAAGACAUCACUGACUCAGCUGACCUGAGAGUUUUGGGCCCCUCACUGCAAAUGCUCCAUCCCCCUCAGUUUUCUGUUUGGUUUCAGGAACACACAGUAGACCCCUGCUUUAUGUUCUUAAUAGUAGCAGGUCUGAGACAAUAGUCACUAAAAAGUUCAAAUCAAUUCUAAAACAUACAGGAAGUCAAUGUAAAGACACUAAAACGGGAGUGAAGUGAUCAUGUUUUCUGGUUCUAAGAAAAAGACAUGAUUGAAUAGUGUCAGAGAGGACGGAUAGAGGCAGGGAGGGAGAAAUUAACAAAAACGAAAGUUAGCGCAGAGAGAGACAUUCUCACCUGAAGCAACGCACACUGUGGAAAACGUCCCUGUGUGAGUUUUUGGAAUGAAUCUGAACACUUUGCAGUCUGAUUGAGUUGAAUUCAUGCAAGAGAAAAUAGAUCCCUUGGUCAUUUAUAUGAGAAAUCUUGAAUGAUAAAACUUGGGCCUGGACUUGUUGUACCCAAAGGUUUACUUAUGGAUGUAUGCAGUUUAUACCUUGUACCAUACCUCAAGCUAAAACUCUUAUUAAUCUGUCAGAACAAGUUUUAGAUGAUCAAAACAAAGAGGACAAAGUGGUUCUGCCUGAAUGGACUAUGAAUCACUCUCUAAUUGGAAGUCUGGCUUUCCUGUUGGCGUCAUUCUGGAUGGAGCUGAAGUCUGUAGACGACAGUCAUCGAGUGAAGCUGUUUACUCACAAUAAACUGAGACUUCGAGAGUGAUUCAGAAUGAUUGACUGGCUCUCUGCAGAGCUCUGCUGCCAACAGACCUCAUCUAUUCUUCAUUUUCGUAAUGAAAUCAUGAAGCCCUCAAGGUGACACGCUGAGGUUUGAUCCAGUAUUUCUCCCAAGCAGAACCGCGGUAUCAAACAGACGGGUACGAAGAAUCGAUCCGUCUCGGGAUGAAGGACGAAGAGGAGGUUUGGGGAGGACGUAAAAUGAGGACGAAGACUGGAACACAACCUUGGACUGGACUUUGUGAUGAUAUCAGAGGUUUGAUUGGAGGAUGGGAUGGUUUCCAGGAAAGACGUGAACUGCUAAAGUUUGUCCAUCAUUCAGUUUGGAUGGGAUGUAGGAUUUGCUCAAGAAACUCGAGCCCUGGUCCACCACGGUCGCCCUGAAACCUCCAAACCUCAUUGACUUUUGCCUCAGCCUCCAGUACAGACUGAAGGAGAGGCAGCCAGGCACCACACACUUGGUUAAACACUCACAGAGCUGUAAUGAACUCACUCACUCAGAUAACAUCUCCUUUAAUAUCCCAAAAGCCCCGCUAUCUGAGCCAGCUGCCAAUCGUAGCGAUGUAUUGAUACUGGCGUUCAAAGCCCGAGCAUGAGUCAUCGAAAGAGACGGGAAUGAAGCGGCGUAGUCACCUUGUAGUGAGGAAUGUCCUUGUUUGCAUGAGAAUGUGUCUGGAGUCGAACUGCCGCCGUCGGCUGCAUAACAAGCAGUGGACGAUCAAUAGAAAAUCAUCCGUGCUGAACAUUAGGAGGUUAUGUCGGUGAUGUCUGGCCAGCUCAGAUAAUUGUUCAUCAGAGAGGACGGAGCUGGCUGCAGACCAGACCGACAACAUUUGGCUUGUUGCUGUAUUUAAAGGUGGAUCACCUCCAUCUUUGUGUUGUUUGUUUGGCUUCACUGGUACAGCCAAGUAAAAACACAUGUUUUCGGAGAGUUCAGUGAUUUAUGGGAAAACACUGAGUCAGUUUUUCUUCUGUCAGCACAAGUGCAGUCACAUAUUUCACCUGCUUUCAUACAAUAUGUUUCCACUUCGUGAAACCCUUUCACUGAGUGUAGCAAAUACUUUAAGUACGUCCAUCAACCUGUAACUGUAUGUAAACAUGACAACGCAUCUCCAUCUUCACCAGGUUUACAGACAUGAAGCCAAAGGACUGGUGCUGACAUCUUAAACAUUCAGAGCCAGAGUCAAAAACAUACACAGUUUAUUUAUUUAACUUUAUGUCAUGCAAAAAAAUGGAUUUCAGCGAUUAAGUCCAACUGGAACUGGACUUUAAAAUUACACAUGAACAGAUUAGUCCAGCUGAGUUGGACAAGUUGGACUAACAUACCUCGAUAACGCGGUUUCUCUUGCAUGAAUUAGAUCUUUUAGGACUUAAACCUGCCUAAGUGUUCUGCUCGUGCUCCACAGUUUACACCAUUGUCUCUGAUCCUGAAGGUGAAAAGCAUAAAUGUGUUGAAGGAGGUCGGGCAGGAAACAAAUCCUCAACAGAGGGAGAAGAAGGGAAGUAGACAUGAUACAAAGCUGUCAAAGGAGAUACAGUUGACCACCUGCCGAUGUGUUUAUCAACUGUUGGUUUGUAAUGUAUUGGGUCCACCAGGUCCAGUAGUAGCUGGCUGAAAGGUGGGUGCAUUGCCAACAAGCAUUGCAGUUAGUGAGAUAUAACCCUAGCUUCACGUAACUGUGUGUGUGAACUUACAGAGUGAUGUCACUUGAUUUCUUCUGGAGUGGAGUUAUGAAGGCCUACGGUGGCUGUCCCCAAAUUAAAAAUGCUGACUCAGUCUAUCUUCCUGUAGAGAAACAGACAAAGAGGUGGAUCUGUGGAGACCCUACUAGAGCCGACAUCACAGUGAAACACAAAUGUCUUCCACAGAAGACCACAUAAACUUCUCAGAGUGGGGUCUUGUAGUGUUGUUGGUGCCAGAAUCAAGGAAUGAUAAUAAUGAGACAGCCUCCUGUGGACACUAGAGGAACUACAGAUUUCUUUUAUUUUGACUGCUUUCAUAUCUCUUUUGUAAUCUUAUCUUUAUUCUGCUGAUUGAGCACUCAGACAAUAUCUUGUAUCUGCAGAGCUGAAGGCUGCAGUUUCAGGACCGCAAUUCUCAGACUUCAUCUCAAGGAUCCUGGCGGUGUGACUGUUCGGGUUGAGGUCGGGACAUUUGAUAUCAACUCUUCCUUCAUCAUCCAUCUUGACUCUGAAUUGCGGUUUUCAACAAUCCAUUGCACUGUGUGGUGCACACAAAAAAACAAGCUUCUUAUCCCUGAAACCCACCCAGGAACUGAACUGUGAGCAUCAUGUUACAGUUUUGCUUCGUCUGGGGGUGCGUGCCCACUGGCCCACUGGAAAUAUGUUGUGGUCGACAUGGAUAGGCUGUUGUGUGGCUGGUUUUUGUUAACAAUAAAUCCAUCAUCAAUGAGUAUUUCUUAUUGAUGCAAUCUGAUAUUCGGUUGGGGGUCAUCACCUGGUGUUUUAUUUUGAAAUCUACUAGAUGGUAUCUGCUGUUUCUGUGUUUAACAUCUACUGGGACUUUGCUAAGGAAAGCCACAACGCUUCCGGUGGAAACAUAAGCGUCGACUAGAGGGUUCACAGAUUGGCUGUGGCACUAACGUAAAAGCACGCAUGCAUUCAGGUUUUAGAAAUUAAAUUGUAGUCUCAACAGACCUGCUCAAUCUCUGAGAUUUAAUUCUUAUCUCGUCUGUAACACCAUCCUGUAACUCUGGAGUGAGAGUUGAUGCUCUUAAACUCCAAAAUUCAAGACUUUGUUCCUCAGUUGGUCCCUUGCUUUGACAGCAGGACAAAAAAUGAAGAGCAGAGUGGAUUUUCUAGCUUUUCUCUCAAUCUGCUGCACCUGACACCAACACUGAGGGAGUAAAGUUGUGGGUUCGACACCUCAUAAGAGAUGAUCAGAGCAGCUUUAGGACCCUCUCACAGUCUGAGCUGUGUUCUGAGGGGCCCUGCUUGUAUGCAGAUGUUGUUUUAAUUAUUUCUGGUUCAUCAUGUGCUUUCUUGGGGCAUAUUCCAAAUUAAAAUUGUGCUCCACGCACUUAACUAAUUCACAGAAAACCUGGAGCUCAUUAAUUUUAUUCCAUGAUAGCACAGCGGGUUGUUCUCGGGUGUUUAAUGAAGCUGCCACGUGCGCGCGGCUGUACAAAGUGUGCUUCAGAGGAAUUUGGAGGGCAGAAACACGGUGCAUCAACUGAGGCGAAACAGCAGAUUGAUUAUUCUGAUACCUGCUUCGAAAAAGAUGGAGGUGAACAUGUUCAGGUUCCCGCGUGAGUUGCACUUUUCUACCUUCAUUUGAGUUUGAUACAUGCUUGAGUGAUGCUGACGCGGAAAUGGAGGCACACGUCGCCGUUUAUACGCCGUCCAGUGUACAGCUGGCAGGACUGGAGAUGCUGAUGGGUGCUGAUUGUAUUUGACCGCUCUUAGCUCUUAGAGCACCGGGGCGUCUGCUGUGUAAACCCUGCAGCACAUGCUCGACGGGCCAACCAAACAUCUCAGGGAGUAUUUAUUUGAACAGGUCAAAUGAUAGUUGUGUUUCUCUCUGGAGGAAUGUUAAGGUUAAAUGUUUCCCCUCAGAAAGAAAAACAUGAGGUUGGAGGGGUUUACAUGGGGGAAGUGUGAUAGGGUUUCUGGUAAACUUGUUGUAUUCUGAGGUUUUAGCUCAAAUAUGGAAAUUAGAACACGUUUUCAAGUUUGUUCAUUGACUUUGCUCGAACUUUGUCAAACCCCCUGCACAAGGGCGUAGCUUCCGUAGUCACUCGAUAUGCAAUCGCAAAACACAUUUGGGCUGGAGUGAUUCCUGGAAUACCUUGAGGCAAAAUAAACUGUUGUUAAUAUCAUUAUUUAGCAAAGUUCAUGGACAUGUCAUGCAGGGUUAUGGACCUGUCUAAACAUUUCAGGUCAUAUCAUACUUAUCCUUUUAAUGGUGGGGAAAAGACAUUUAUUUCUGUUGCUGUGUCCAUGUUUAUUUCCAUCUUUAGUCCUACCUGUCUUUGUGUGGUGAAAAUUUCCUUUAAACCUCAUCCUGAUCAACUUGUUGGAACCUGUUACAUAUUAUGCCCUGGCUGACCAUUAAUCCUCAUCCUGCCUGUACAAGAUUCACCGUUUUACUGUCUUUUUUAAACAGAUGUUGAUUUUUAACCAUGUUUUCUCUUAGUUGUUAAAAAUGAAUGCUUUAGUGUUUUCUUACAGUUUAAGUAGCACAAUCUUCACAGCCUGUGAGCACUCAGAUCUCAGUGUUUCCACUGUGCUGCUCUGCAGGGGCAUGUCCAGAUGUUUUCGACAAGGGUGGCUCAACCAGAGCACUGAAUAAGUGGGGUGGCAAGAGUGUCAAGUGCCUUUAUUUUCACCCAUCGCAAGUAAAAUCAUUUACCCGCUUAAUCCACGUGAAUCUAAACGCGUGAAUGAAUAGUAUUUACUCGCUUCAUUCACGCAUCAAUAGUAAUUUUGACGGUAAUCCCUGCCAGUUCAACCAGUUCAAGUGAUAGACAAAUUUUUUUUACAAUUUACCAGGUAAUCCGACCUCCUCACUCACUUGCCUCCAGGCAAGCUCCUUUUUAUUACGGUUUUAGUAAUUGAAAGAAAAGGUAUCAUAUAAUUCGAGGCACCCACACACCGACACGAUCGGUGUUUGUCCGCCAUUUUAGAUACCAGUGAACAACGGUCCGUUUUCAUACGUCACCUGGCAACCUUCAUGCUGAUCAGUUAUCUGGUUGCGAAUAUCUGCAACAUAUGAGACAUAUUCAGCUUCUGCCCAAUUCGCAUCGUUCACACCGCUAGAGUAGUAGGAGCGUCUAAUCGUGUCUUUACAUUUACUUAAUGUGUAAUUCAUUCGUGCUUGGUGCGUGGAGACAGUAAUAAUAAGAGAAGAUGAUCGUUUAUCAUUACCACAGUUAGGAAAGUUGCAUACUUACAGCAAAAAAUGGCCAAAAUACAAACAAUGAAAAAAAAUGUCUUUAUCAGAUUACUGAAAAAUCUAUAAAGAUUAUUCAAUUAAGAAAUAGAUUCAAUGCUCAAUGAUUAAAUCUGGUUACUGCAGCCUUACGUGAAAUUGACACGUUUGUGUUGGGACAUGCGUCAUUGCAGUGCACUGUUUUUGGGUUCCUCUUUCACUGCUUUCACAACAACUCUUUCAUGUAGUGUAACAAAUUAAAUUUCAGACUUGCUAACAUCUGAUGCACAAACUUAUUCAUGAAUUUUUUGGACCUGAAAAAAAAACCCUGAAGAUACAAACGUUCAAACAUCACGCCAUGAGACUACUCUGUGCUUUCUUUCACUUAGCAGCAUUUAAAAGCUUAUCUUGAUCUGUUUUUAGUUGACCUUGAAACUGAAAAGACCCUGAAUUCAUGCAUAUUUCUUUGAAGUUUAGGUGAAUGUUAUUUGAUCAACGAAGACAGGCAUUUACAGCCCAUCUAAACACUGGAGAAUAAAGCAUUUUUGUACAUAAAUACUAACGAUCAUAACAUGAUAAAACAAAUCUUGCCUCUUGAACUUUGAUCAUUAUGCUCCCCUCAUGUAAACACACUCUCUGUAAUUUACAACACAUUGCCUGUUAGCGAACCUGCCCGGCCUCAGCGCGCUCCCUCUUAACACGCAGCUCAUUAUCAGGAGGACAAUAAAAGUAUGGAGCUGGAGAAAGAAAGAGAAACAUGGGAACAUGUGAGCGUGUGCAGCAGGACUGGCAGAAGGUUCAGACUCAUGAGAGGGCUUGUUGGGAGAGCGAUUUGUUUUAAUGAAAAAGUCGUUCCUGCAGAGAGGAAAGGGCUCGGCUGCAGGCUGUUUGUGCAUGGCUUAAGUUUCUGCUCUGUAAUAAAAGCACAGGGACUUAUGUGCGUGUAGAGUGAGUGCAGUGUGUGUGCUGUCUGUGUGGGUGCAUGUAGGGGCGACCGAGGGAUAAAGGAGACAAUGCAGGCGGCCAGGUUUGGAGCAGCACAUCAAACAGUCAAUCACGAACGCUGGCAGAGACGUCUGUGAGAAUGUGUCUGCAGGGGCGAGUGUGAGCUCUGUGUUGGAUGAAAUAAUGACUGAUAGACAAAACACACUGCCCACACACACAAUAUUGUUUCUUUAUGUGUCUUUAUCACUUCAUUUCCCCACUCAUGCCUUCCUGUUUGUCUUUUCUUUCAGACUGUGGGGGAUGGAGCGACUCGACAAAGAAACCCUCCUACAACCUGUCUCCCUCCGACUUUCUGACCUGGAGUUUGAAAUACGAGAUAAAAACAAAUAAAGAGACUGAAAAACAACAUUCAGGAAAGAGAUCAGAGGAAAAACAUCAGAAAGGAAAAUAAAAUUAAAGGAAACAGAGACCAGGUGAAGUUUCGGACACUCCUGCGGGAUCAGGAUCCCCACCAUGUCGCUCUCUGUGGGCCCUUCCUCGGGCCUGCUGCUGGUCCUGAUGUGCUGCCCCCUGCUGGGCCUUGUGCAAUCUGCAAGUAGCAACAAGGCGAGCGAUAACGCACACCCGCACUUGGGGGACUCUGACCCAGAGCGCUGCAUGAGGCACCACUUUGUGGAGACUAUCACACACCCCAUUUAUAAAUGCAACUCCAAGGUGAGACACACGAACAUAUCAUGACAAAUCUUACACAUAUCAACAGAUCUUAUAAUGCCAAUAAAGAUUUGGAACGUUGUGAUUGUAUUGGAAGCAGAGCUCUAGGUGAGUUAGAGGGCGUAAGAGUUGACAACCUGCUUUCUUUUGGCUUUUACUCAAAGUAGAGAUGCACAGCUGUGCUCCCAUUCAUUAAGAAAUAUCUGUUUUUUUUACUGAUUCAGUGAAAUAGAAUGUUCUUGAGGGGUCAGAGGGCUUGGAGAUGCAAACAUUUCUCUUUGUCUCAUGAUGUGCCUCACUGCUAUUUCCUUAGAACCUGCACAACCCUAAAGCUUCAGCCUGAGACUGAUCAUAGUGCUCCCUGAUACCAAUAAAUACUUCCUUUAUGUUUGCAAUACCCUGUCAAGGUCUUUUAAGUAACGAAUGCAGUUUGGCUUUUGUGUCCCUGCGCAUAAAUGUUGAUACAACUGCUGAUUUGGAAGGUCAGUGUGUAAAUCAGUAGAUUUAACAUCAAUCCAUGCUUUACAAAAACUCAUACAGUGACCUGUGAGUGUUCAUUGCAUUUGUAAAAGUGCAGUAGACAGAGGGAGGGUGGGCAUACCAGUGUGAGCCUGGCCUAUUUAGGUAAAAAGACAGAAAUGAGCCAUGUAAAUAGCAACACGCCUGUCUGCAGGCGCACCUGGCUCCUAAAGGGAAUGAAAGCAGAUACACUAAUUAGCCUGAUUUAUGUAACAUCUAAAAUAGACCUAUGAAUAAUCACACCAAUCCUCGCACCUCAUUGAGCACCAAGAUUGUGAACCACUUAACGAGCUUGAUUCAGUGUUAUAAUAUUACAUUAAAUCAUUCUCACUUUCACUUGGUGGGUGACAGAAGGACAAAAGUUUAUCCACAUAUUUCAGCCAAUCCUUCUGCUAUAAUUCUACUUCAUUCUUGUUACUUUUAUUGUAUUUUUAACACUUCACCUUCCACCAUUUUUAACUUUUUAGUUAACCUGCACAGGUUUAUCCUAAACUUCAUCCUCCUCUAAUCUACCUCUAUCAACUAUCUCAAACUGAGCUGAAAGACAAAACCUGAGUGUGAUCUCAGUGUGCAGAAAAGAUCAACAUAAGCCUUCAUUCAGAUAUUUUUUAUCCUCAUAAAAUCUCAGAGAGCUCACAUGCUUUAAAAAAACUAAGCCUGAGGUUUGUAAAUGCCGUGAAAUGUUCACAGAUUCUGCAGGAACUGUCAAUAACUGAUUGGACUCGCAUUAUCCCGUGGAUGUGAGUCACUGCUCUGCUUUACCGCAGCUUCAAAACUGACCUUUAGCAGGCGACUUCAGAGUAAAUUUAGACGUUUUAAAUGUCAGAAAAUGUUCCUUGCCGCCUGCAGCCAUCAUCUUUUCAUAAUUGUUUGAUAAUUCACCUUCCUCAAACUGAUCAGAGCUUCCUCUGUCUCUGAAUCUGUGGCUGAUAAAGCUGCACAAACUCAUUGAUUGAGCAUCAAACAGUGACAUCACAAAACGUGAUAAUCAAUUAAUCAUUAUAGUCAAUUUUCUUGCAUGUCACGUGUUAUUUUCUGCUACAUUAGUAUGUUUUGACAAGGUUUCCAAGCUUUUUUCUGCACCCAAACGCUGUUGAGGGAUUUCUAAAUCUCAGCUAUCAUGAUGAAGUGAUUAAACAAAAUAAAUUGCGCAAAAUUUGAUCAUGCGUAAAAACAUAUGAUCAAAUAUGAAUCAAGAGCAAUAUUUAGUUAUAAAGACUUUUAAGUAGGUUAUCUUUGCUCUGACUUUUCUUGUUGCAGUUUUGAAGCAGCAGUAAAAGAGUUUCUCACUCUUGUUUUUGAUGCUCGACUCUUAGAGAAACUCAGAUGCACAGGGCUCAGUGGAUCUGAAAUUUAGGGCUUGUUUUCAACCAGAACCGGUUCUCUCGCUUCCCAUCAUUCACACACACACUCACAAAUACGCACACGCACACACCUGCUGUAAACUAAUCUGCCUCACUGUGGUCGUCAGCUCAUUUCUGGCCACAAGCUGUUUAAGGUAACAGAGCGGCUCUACCUGACAAAUGAGCUUCAUGGUUUCAAACACAGGGGGAUUGAUUUCCUCCAAACCAAACUUUAGAGACACAAAGAAAACCUCGAAACACACUCAGAAAGAGAGCGAACCCUCCAACACUAACCGAGCAGUCGUUUAUCUUGCUCGCUUUUUCACUUUUGCUACUCGGGUUUCUCCUUUUUCCCCUCAAAACCUGGUCUGUUCAGCCAAUCCUAUGCCACCUUUUUUCCUCCCCUCGUUUUAUCUCCAUCUCUCAGUCAUUCAGACGAGUCAUGCUUGGUUUGUUUUGGAGUGUGUGUCUGUGUGUGUGUGCUGGACAGGGGCCACACUGCAGACAUACUCUGCACCUCAGCUGGGACUCAGAUUUGGCUGAAGUGGACGCCUCGCUGCUCGGGUUAGAGAGCUGCAGAGAGAGGAAGUGGAGUGAAGCUGCACUGAGUCAUCCUCUUUCAUUUCUGUCUGAAAGUGUCUGAAAACUUUGUGAGACUCGGCGUGUUAAUCACAGUGAACAUGUGACUGUUAUUGUCAGUGCUCGCUCGCUCGCCGCCGCUCUUGUUCAGCAGCCUGCAGUUGUUCAGCUCGCGUGUCCGAUCACUUCUUUGGUCUUUUUUUAAUUUUCUGACUGAGUGCAGGGAGCAGGUGGCCAAACCACAGCUCAGCUCUGCUCUGGGCUGAACUCACUCCCAGCGUGAGUCUGUUUCUCCGUUACAGUUCACUGAGAGCUAAAAGGGCACCCAGCUGAGCGGCUGGUUUUACUCCUCAGUCUGUUUCACUUUACACUGAAUCCACCUGGAUCAGGGCCGGCUGUGCUUUCAGUUGGUGUGCGCAUGUUGAAGAGUUGUUUGUAAGGGUAUAUACAGUUCUUUCACUGUUCAACAGAAGAAGAAAUAAGUCGAUUUUGUGGCUCUUGUAAAUGAUGUCAACAAAUCAGUGCAGAGAUCAGUGUAUUUGCAUUAGUUUUCAAAAUCAAGUUGAGCAUAGAAUAAGGUGACCAGACGUCCCUGAUUUCCGGGGACAGUCCCCGUACUGGAUGACCCGUUCCAGGCUAAAGCUGUCCCUGGAAAUGUCCCUGAUUUAAGCGUUUCAUAAAUGAGAACAAAAUUGUUGUGUGUAGACUAAAAGGGUUAUUAUGGUAGCCAAGUAGGUAGGAAGCAGGAGUAAGCAUGUUGCACACAGACAGAAAUCUGGUCACUUUAAAGGGAUAUUCCAGUGUAAAAUCAAUUUAGGGUCAAACACACCGUCACACAGAGUUAGACACCCCCUCCAGAGAUGAAUGUUGCCGACUACUUGCUUCUCUAGUUAUACCAACUUGAGUAAUGACCGCACAAUAGCAAUACACCAUGGUCUAAGGAGCUACACACAAAGCUCAACCAAAACGCCAUCACCAGUACAUACAGGGUCCCAGCCGUAGUACUAGCCACCAAACAUCUUCUUAGCUUUGUCUGAUUUCUUUAGCAAAGAGACUAAACUUCCAGCGCUCACCUACUGUCUUGUUUGUAGCGAGACCUCGGGCCAAUCCAUUGCAGACUGCUGCAGGGUGACGCAGCUCAAAGAAGAACAUUUAUGAUCAUUUCUUUAUCAUUUCCUUGAAGUAAUAAUCAUCAUAUUAAUCAUUUUGCACUGCAGAAGCGGUAGUUCUUCUGCCUUAGUGUCUCGGUCUGAUUGUAUUUCCAUGAAGAAAUGAUCAUAAAUGUUCUUCCUUGAGCUGCGUAACCCCGCAGCACUCCGUAAUGGACUGGCCCGAGGUCUCGCUACAAACAAGCGGCUGCUGGAAGAGAGAAGGUGAGUUGUGUUUAGUGUCUUUGCUAAAAAAAUCAGGCAAAGCUAAAAAGAUGUUUGGUGGCUAGUAUUAUGGCUGGGACCCUAUAUAUACUGUUGAUGAAGUUAGGUGCUGUUCUGAGCAUUAUUUGUGGCUAUAGAGUGGCGUUUUGGAUAAGGUUUGUGUGUGGCUCCUCAGACCACUGUGUAUUGCUAUUGUGUGGUCAUUACUAGAGUUGGUAUAACUAGAGAAGCAAGCAGUCAGCAACAUUCAUCUCUCGAGGGGGGUGUCUACUCAGUGUUACGGUGUGUUUGACCCUUGAUUAAUUUUACGCUGAAAUAUUCCUUUAAUUUAGGAGACCUUGGUGCCAAGGUUAUUUGCAGCAGGGUUUGAAAAUAUCUGACCAGUAGAUGGCAGUAGGUCCAGGUAAAAUAAUCUCUGUUUUGUAAGAAUUCAGCUCCAAAGAGUUUCACAACAUCUAACUCUAAAUCUCAAACUGCCACGGUCUGAAUGCUGACAGGCAGGAAACUCUGAGUAUCAUCUGCAUAAAAAUGAAAUAAAACACCAUGAUAAUUUAUGACGUGCUCCAGGAGUGCGUGUAUAAGAGGAAAUAAAAUGGAGCUUAAAAUUGACCCCUGAGGCACACCGUACCUCACAUCAAUAAAAGCAGACACAGAACCUUCUGUUUGUUAGAGAUUAUUUUACUAUUUAAAACUAACAGAAACUCUCAGAGAGUGCUUCAGUCUGGCUAAUAAAUCGUUGUGGUCCAUGGUAUGAAUGGGUGUACUCAGGUCCACGAGCACAAGGACUGAGCACAUGCCUUGAUAAGCAGCCAUGAAAAGGUUGUUUGAUACCUUGAGCAGUGAUUUCUCUUUGCUGUUAAACUUCCAGAAGAGACAGAAACUUGUCAAAGAUUGUCUUUUCAAACACAGCAAGAAAUUGUUCGGACUUCAUUUACCCGAUUUUCAAACUAAGACAAGAUAAGAACUUUAUUGAUCCCCAAAGGGAAAUUCAAUAAAAUGAUGUCAGAGCAACUUAAAAAAAACAAUCAGACUGAAAACAAAAUAUGUUCAACGCAGAGUGUUUUAAAGCUCCAGUAGGUGUGGCUGAGUGAUUACAAGUUUUCUGCACAUUUAAAGACGAGAGUUUAUGUUAUAGACAGACCUCAUAUUUUCUCUUGUAGAGAAAAUACUUCCUCUUUCCAGGAAAUGAUUGUAAUCUGAUCAAAUACAAACUACACAAGUCAGAACAAAUUGAACCAGAAACUGGUCACCUAAAAACAAAGAUUAUUAACAGUAAUACUGAUCAAUCAGCGAUUUUUACCAUCAGAUUUGUUUGAUCUAAUAGAUCAAGACAUACUGAGUCCAAUGAGGUCCAAGAACCUGUUUUCAGAGUCCAUCAGCGGUCUGUUUGUUAUUUUGGAUCUGUUGAGACCUUUAUUGUCGAGGAGACAAAACCACAGUUUGAGUCUGACACUUCAGCUCACACACACACACACUGAUACAAACACUCACACACUCGCUCUGUGGCCUGAUUAGUGUUGUGGUGUCCGGCUGACAUUCCUCGGUGUGUCACCACAUUCCCGUCGCUCCCUAAACAGACUCCUGUGUCAUGUCCUCCUGUCAGCUGCUGUGUGUCGCCACCCGUGUUCCCACUUUGACAGAGGCCUGUCUGGGGCCACUGCAGGGUGACACACACACAUACACACACACACAUAUAAAGACAAACACACAUGUACACACACCCUGGAGUGUUGUCGCCACUUUAAGACCAUUUGUCUUUGUCCCAGCAGAGAAUCAGGCCGAUGGUGACAAUUCCUCCUCUUUGAGGCCUCUUCUUUGUUCAUACCUCUGCUGCUCCUCCUCUCAUUCAUGAUCAGAGAGUUUAAAUAUUUUGUUUACUACAAUCAAAGAAGUUUUGGUUUCACAUUGUAGUAAAAAUAGCAGAAACAACAGCUUCAAAAUAUCUCUUCCUUUUGUCUUUCAGAUGGUGCUGCUGGCUCGCUGUGAGGGUCACUGCAGUCACACCACUCGCUCUGACCCCCUCAUCUCCUUCAGCUCUGUGCUCAAACAGCCCUUCAAGAGCACCUGCUCCUGCUGCCGGCCGCACACCUCCAAGCUGAAGGCGGUGAGGCUGCGCUGCGCCGGCGGGACGCGCAUCACCGCCACAUACAGAUACAUCCUCGCCUGCAAUUGUGAGGAGUGCAGCUGAGCGGGACGCAGCUCCCCCUCCUCCCAGACCCCUGAGACUCUUAAACCCAGAUCCUGUUGGCCCUGAGCCGGACUCUAAAGCUUCCCAGAGGUUUGAAAAUUGGACCAGAAACUUAACAUGCUUGUUGUUUUCUGGGAGAGACAGUUUGGAGCGCUCGCACCUCCCUCCCUCGCUCCAAGCAGAAAACUAUCCCCUCCACAUUCAGAAAUUUUCUCCAGGCCAGACACCACAAACUGCUGCUCCCCGGGGCCCACCUCGCAGAGGAGACACUCAUUACAGACCGCUGUAACUCAUAACACACAUGCUCACAAACCGCAGAGGCCCUUACGAGUAUGUCUUAGCGCUUUCUGCCUGCAACUCCAUAAAAACCACCGCUGAGCAUCCGACAACAAAACAACCCGGCUCGUUAAAAAGCAGCGCUGGAGAAGACGAGGCUCGGCCCGGGCGACAUAUAUGGAGGAUCCCCAGAGGAGCACCUGUGCUGUGUUUACUUACCUAAUAAUGUUUUACACGCUCCCUGCGGACGCUGAUCCGGGCGUGUAAAUGUGAGCAAGGCUGACAGGAGGACGGUAAACGAGAGGAGGCAGACGCUGUUAAAGGAGGCUGAGGGUAGAGACUAAUAAAGACUGUGGAGGCGAUCAGUGUUCAUUUCAGUGUAAUCUAUCUGAAUCUCUGUGAUGGCGACUUUCAAACUGUAGCUUUCGUCGCUCUUGUCUUUCCUGUUGACAUGUUCGAUGUUUUGACACGCUUGUCCAACUCUGCAUUUGUCUGUAAAUCCUGCAAACAGUUUGCACACUCUCUGGAGAAAACCUGCAGAAUAUAACUCGUUCACUCAGUCUGUGUUUGUGCCAGAUCAUAAAACAGUUUAUCCAAAUAAAAACAUGAACAAAUCACUCCA